CUCCUCUUCCUCCUCCUUCUCCUCCUCCUCCUCCUCCUCCAGCAAAUCAUUCGGUAAGCUCAGCUGGGGUUUGUGUUUUCUAUAUGAACAAACAGCUGUGUGUCGCUCAUGGACUACCUUCAGAACAACAAGGCAGCAGAGUGAAGAAUAGACCUAUUAUUACACCCGCGGACAUUUUGAAUACACGUGCUCAUCAGCUUCUGAAUCUACUCCUUUGUGACAGACCUAAUUAGUCUUUAGCCAGUGAAGCCUACAGGUUCAGAGGGCGAAGACUCCUCUGAACAAUGACUGAUUCAAACACUUCAUCCUCAUCUGAUCCUCUGCUGCACAAACCCCACAAUCCCCUCCCAGUCUCCUUCCCUUUUCUGAGAGGGGGCAGUCAUGUCUGGGAGAGGAAACCACCACAAGCUGGGGAGCCACAUAGUCCACUUCCCACAAAGCGCAAUCGCUCCUAUUCUGCCACUGUGAGAUCCAGGUCUGGACCCAUUUUCAAGGGAGUCUGCAAGAACUUCUCGAGAUCCCAAGGACAUGGUUUCAUUCGACCUACUCAUGGAGGAGAGGAUAUAUUUGUCCACAUCUCAGACAUCGAGGGUGAAUAUGUACCAGUGGAGGGGGAUGAAGUGACCUACAAAGUGUGCCCUGUUCCACCGAAGAAUCUAAAGUUCCAGGCAGUAGAAGUGGUAAUCACUAACCUUACACCAGGAGCCAAGCAUGAAACAUGGUCUGGACAAGUUAUCAGCUCAUAGCUCAGACAUUUACUCUUACUAAAAUGAAGAACAGAAUUUUGGCCAGUUUGAAUCCUAUUUGGAUUUGGGGCUGUGUAAUAUUUGGCUCUUAAGCUUGGCAAAUAUGUGCUAUAAACUUGGAAUGUUGUCUAACUAACUGGAGUUAGUGGCAGGUUUGACCGAGCAUUUAGAAUGGCAGUAGAAGUAAUGUAAAAAUUAUAUAAGUUUCCAUUAAGUUAGCAUUGACAUUGUGUGUCUGUCUGUCUAUCUGUCUUUCUUUCUUUCUUUCUUUCUUUCUUUCUUUCUUUCUUUCUUUAUUUAUUUAUUUAUAUUUUAUUUAUUUGUUUGUUUAUUUGGGUGAAGUUGAUUUCAUUAUAUUAUUGCAUUGUACCUACAUACUACUGACAACCAAAAUCUUACUGUUUUAUGGUUAAACAGUGAUAAUUAUGCUGAAAAAUAUUACCUUGCCUAUCUGUCAGAAAUGGACUAAGUACUGAUAAGUUAUACAUAAUAAAAAAGUAUAGAAAAAGUACUCAAUUAAAAUGGUAAUAAUUGUAUCCUGACAUUCCACAUUACAAUAGAUAUUAUCUAUUAUCAUUACAAUAGAUAUUACUAUAUUUAGAGGCACAUGGUUAGUUAUAGAAUUAACUACAUUGUGUAACAUGACAAAAUUGGAUUGUCAGAAAUAUUUCAAGGUCUAAAUAAAGAAUGAAUCCCGUUUUAGGUAUGGGUAGAAGUAUUCAGUUACAACAGCAGUCAUAUUUUUUUGUUAAUAUCCCAAAAUAAUACUUAAAUAUAAUAACAAAAUACUACUCAAAGAAACGUUUAAAAAAAUUGUAAACACCUGCUCAUAAUUAUUUGGGAAUUAUUUAUUUUGUAUUAUUUAAGGGCAUUGGUAAUGCUCACGAACCUCAUCUGUAUGAUAAUGAGCUGUUCACUAGUGAAAUGUAGUUUUUGACAUUGCAAUGUCAGUGUCGGUCCUCAUCUGUAACAAAUUGUGUGCAUUUUAAGAACAACAAAUUAAAUAAACAUAAAAUAAACAAUGAAUGUGACAAAAUACCUGCUCACAUUCACUUCUUUCCCACCUUUAUUGUGCUGUAAUUUUAUUGUCAACAAUGUUAUAAAAAUGUUUGUUUGAAUUAAC